GGCCGCGUCAUCAACAUGAACAGUUCAGCCACCUCGGUAGCUUACUAGCCAACAGAGCCGAAAUAUUGGAGCUCUUUAGAAGCUUUCAGAAGGUAGUGCGAACGGCUUUCUGGCGUAUAUAUGUGUUUUAAACACCUUUAUGUCGUCUAGCUGUUACCCCGUUUAAUUUCAUAUUGACGUUGUUAGACAUCUAGCUAGCUGGUUAAGUUAGCAAUAAGACUAAGCUAGUCGCUGAUGCUAGUUAGGUAGCAAGCUAACACCCCAUGACAGGAGGUCACUAAGUUAACUCUCCUCCUGUUAAAGAAGAGGGGUUCUGCUGGACGGAGAAAGACACUAGAGAAAGAAGAGAAGGCUGUCACAGUAAUUAAAAACAAGUAGAGGGUGAGGAUGUUACAAUAAAAGAGGGAGAGGUUACAGUGAAAGGAGAAGAGGAAGACGCUUUCAGAGUGAAAGAGGAGGAGGAUGUUGGCUACCUUGAAAGAAGAGGAGGAGGAUGCAGUUUUUGGAAUGAAGGAGGAAGGAGACAUGACUGUUACAGUGAAAGAAGAGGAAGACGUUUUUGGAGUGAAGGAGGAAGAGGAGGAGGAGAUUACUGUCACAUUGGAGGAGGACGAAGAAGAGAAGAAUGGAGAACUGAUUAACACCAGAGAGAGACCAGACUCUCACUCUGACAGCAGGGAGAGUCCUUCAGGGGAACCAGACUCAGAGACGCCCAAACCAGCGAGACGACACCCCUGCUCCCAGUGUAAUAAGAGUUUUAAGUGGUUAUGGAAGCUGAAAGAGCAUGACAGAACACACACAGGAGAAAAGCCAUACCACUGCUCUCAGUGUGGAAAAGGUUUUACCAACUUAGGGAACCUAAAAAAACAUGCAAAAUUACACACAGGAGAGAAGCCUUUCCAAUGCUCCCAGUGUGGAAAGGGUUUUACACGGUUAGGGAACCUGAAGGACCAUAAAAGAGUACACACAGGAGAGAAGCCUUUCCAAUGCUCCCAGUGUGGAAAUGGUUUUACUCAGUUAGGGAACCUGAAAAGGCAUGAGAGAAUGCACACAGGUGAGAGAACAUUCCAAUGUUCUCAGUGUGGAAAGAGUUUCACACGGUUAUGGAGCCUGAAAGAACAUAAAAUAGUUCACACAGGAGAGAAGCCUUUCCAAUGUUCCCAGUGUGGAAAGGGUUUUAUUCUGUUAGGGAACUUGAAAAAGCAUGAGCGAACACACACAGGAGAGAAGUCUUUCCAAUGUUCCCAGUGUGGAAAGCGUUUUACACGGCUAGGGAGCCUGAAAGCUCAUGAAAGGAUACACACAGGGGAGACAUUUUACAAUUGCUCUCUGUGUGGAAAGAAAUUUACCAAGUUAAAGAACCUAAAAAAACAUACAAAAUUACACACAGGAGAGAAACCUUUCCAAUGCUCCCAGUGUGGAAAGAGUUUUACACGGUUAGGAAACCUGAAGGAUCAUAAAAGAAUACACACAGGAGAGAAGCCUUUCCAAUGUUCCCAAUGUGGAAAGAGUUUUACACGGUUAGGAAACCUGAAGGACCAUCAAAUAAUGCACACAGGAGAGAAGCCUUUCCAAUGUUCCCAGUGUGGAAGUGGUUUUACCCAGUUAGGGAACUUGAAAAGGCAUGAGAGAACCCACACAGGACAGAGAAUAUUCCAAUGUUCCCAGUGUGGAAAGAGUUUUGCACAGUUAGGGAGCCUGAAAGAACAUAAAAUAGUACACACAGGAGAGAAGCCUUUCCAAUGUUCCCAGUGUGGAAAGGUUUUUACCCUGUUAGGGAACUUGAAAAAGCACGAGAGAAUACACACAGGAGAGAAGCCGUUCCAAUGUUCCCAGUGUGGAAAUAGUUUUAAAAGGUUAGGGAGCCUGAAGGAGCAUGAAAGAACACACACAGGAGAGACAUCUUACCAUUGCUCUAUGUGUGGAAAGGAUUUUACCAAGUUAGGGAACCUAAAAAAACACAUACAAUUACACACAGGAGAGAAACCUUUCCAAUGCUCCCAAUGUGGAAAGGGUUUUACACGGUUAGGGAAUCUGAAGGACCAUAAAUUAAUACACACAGGCGAGAAGCCUUUCCAAUGCUCCCAGUGUGGAAAGGGUUUUACCCAGAUAGGGAACCUGAAAAGACAUGAGAGAACCCACACAGUCUUAACAAUGACCCCAGGAGUUGGAACCAGUUCAGAAAACAGAACAGAAAACCGCAAAAAAAAAUGUUUUUAUUGAGGAACAGAAACAGAACCGGGAAAGAAAGUGAUCUCUUGUGUUCUGGAACAGAAACAUUAUUUUAAAAGCAUGGUAACCGGUUAAUAACGUUCUUUUAAAGUAACUGUCCUGUGAAAAUCUAACUUUUUAAAGUUAAUCCUCUCCUAACUCAUAUCCAAAUAAUGUUGUUGACUCGUCCGAUUCUCGUAUUUGAGGCCAAAGCAUAAAUUACAGAUGAAAAAAAAACAAACCUCUUUUAAAAAAUUACUAUUUCCUCAUAGAACAUCUCCCUGAGGAGAAUGAGCUGGCCAAUCCACGGUCUACUCGUGUUAUUUUUUGUGACCGGUAUACGCCCACAACAUUCUAUUAGGAAGGCGUUCUUAAUGUUUUGUCCACUCUGUGUUCCUCUGCAUGAUGUAUUGUUACACCGCAUAGGAGCAGUAUAGACCUAGUCUGUUCAUUAUAUACAUCUACA